UGAGAAGAAACCGCCUGAGCUUCGGAUAUAGGGCAAAGGUGGGUGGUGAGUCUGAAGCCUCUCUGGGGCUGUUCGCAGUCGCCGCUGCUGCUCGAUAAAGCAUUCGAAGGAGAACGAACAAAGCAGGCGACAGUAGAGAACGAUAAAGUAGAAGCAAAACUGACCAACCAGAGACAAAGAGAGAUUGCAAUUUUGACCAAGCGGGAAAGAUAAUGGCUUCGAUUUGUCUGUCGAUUCAUUCUUUACCUUCAACUUCUUCUUCGACUGUAGUUGCCUCCGCAUCAUCAUUAUCAUCAUCUUCCGCCUCGUUGUCCUCUAGCAGCUUCCGACAUGGGCCGGCCAGAUGCAUACUCGCUUCGAUGCCUUUGUUCUUACACCGGACGGUGAUAAAGCCUCGUAGGAAUCAGGUCGUUUGCAUGGCUCCUGAGGAAGAGAAGAUGACUCGCCGUUCCCCUCUCGAUUUCCCCAUCGAAUGGGAAAGACCAAAGCCUGGGCGUAGACCUGAUAUAUUCCCUCAGUUCAGCCCAAUGAAAACACCAUUACCUCCUCCAUUGCCUGCUGAUCCUCCUGAAGAAGACGAGGAAGAAGAAGAAAAGAAAGAGGAAGAAGAGGAGGAUCCUGAAAAGGAAGAUCCUGAUAAGCCAGAAAGGCAGUCUAGGAUGUAAUGUAAUUAAUAGUGGAUGAGAUGGGAUCUUGAGUCUUGCUACAUUCUGUGUCACAUCAAUCUAUGGUGUCUUCUAUUACUUGCUUGCAUGCCGGUAAGGUGUGUCUGGUGCUUCAGAGUGCAAAUGGUCAUUGUUGAGAAUCUUGAGAUGGUGAAUAUCCUACCAGGUAGAGAACUAUAUCAAUUUGUAGUGGGAUUCACCCACUUGGAAUUUGCAAGUGAGAAUGAUUAGCCAAACAAUGUAGUGGUGUAUUCUUUUCAAGUUCUGCGGUCUAAAUAAUGUCUUGGCGAGGUAUCUAGUACUUCAUUUUGGCCCUUUUUGAGUAAUGUAAGACAGUUUACUCUUGUUAGGCAAUUCCAGGAGUGUAGUAUCAGUGGGAAUGUUAAUGAUGUUUCAUUUUCAUUUCAUUUUGGUUCCUGAUUUUGUCUUA